AAUUCGGUGGUGCUUCCGAGUACGACGUGGUCCGAUGAAGAGAUCAUCUUACUCGAGAAUUCCUUUCAAAGAUCAUGCAAAAGAUCAUGCAAGGAACAAAGGAAUUACUAGUAUAUAAACCCCGGAUUUCGGGCGCGAGCGAACAGUAGUAAUAAUAAAGCGGGGUCUACAAUGCAGAGUCGUAGAGUCGCAGAGUCGUACAGUCGUAGAGUCGCAGAGUCGCAAUGUCAUGAUGCUUGUCUACAAUAGCUUUUCGCAAAUCGCUAACAACCAAUCAGAGCUUUUUAGUAACCAAGGUAGGGUAUUGGAACGCACCCCAGAAAACAACGUUCUGCUAGUGAGAGGUUAUCCAUAGGUCCAUAGGCGUUCUGAUAGUGAGAGGCUGUCCAUAAAGUUUUUAAAUAUGAAUUGCUUGCAAUUGCGUGUAAUUUUUACUAUAUUAUUAUUAUCUGGUGCAUAUUUGCAUGUGACAUCGAUAUAUUUAAGAAAGAGACGCUAUAAAAGGAGAUGGUGGAUAAGACCUAUCAACCGAACUCGAAACGAUUUGGGAUAUUUCAAUAAACAAUUUAAAGAAGCAUAUGAAACAGAUCAUGAAGAAUUUUUUAAUAUGACACGAAUGAUACCUUCUCAAUAUGAUCAUUUAUGUAAUCUUGUCAGACCUCUGCUCACAAAAAGAAGUUUACGAGAACCUAUUUCAGUAAAUGAACGAGUAGCUGUUACUCUCUUAUUCCUUGCUCAUGGUGACAGUGCCAAGUCAAAAGCAUGGGAUUUCCGAAUUGGCAAAUCAACUAUAUAUAAAAUUAUAUAUGAAACUUGCGAUGCAAUUUGGCAAGCUCUUCAUGAGCAAUAUUUACCCAAACCUUCGAAAGAGAUAUGGGAAAUGAUAAUUGAUGGAUUUUGGAACAAGUGGAAUUUUCCUAAUUGUAUAGGCGCACUAGACGGGAAACACAUCACUAUUCAAGCUCCACCGAACAGUCAUUCUUUAAAUUAUAACUACAAAGGAUUUUUUAGCUUUAUAUUGAUGGCAAUUUGUGAUGCCAAUUAUAAAUUUAUCUGGGUUGAUGUCGGUGACUAUGGUUCUAAUAGCGAUGGUGGAGUAUGGGCGAACAGUAAUCUUGGUCGAAGUUUGGAAUCUGGUACAGUAGACAUCCCAGCUCCAAAAUUAUUGCCUGGUACAACAACUUUGCUGCCCUGUACUUUAGUGGGAGACGAAGUGUUCCCUCUCAAAACGUACCUCAUGAGACCAUAUCCAAGAAAAUCGCUCACCAGUGAUUCACAGCGAAUUUUUAAUUAUCGCUCGUCCAGAGCAAGACGAACAAUUGAAAAUGCUUUCGGGAUUCUUACUUCUAGAUGGAGAAUUUUAAGAAGAUCAAUUCAAUGCAAGGAAGAAACUGCUCAUAAAAUUGUGCUUGCUCUUGUUGUUUUGCACAACUACAUUAUGUCCUUUAAUGAACGCAAAUAUUAUCCGCUACAUUUUGUGGAUCAGGAAGUUAAUGGUAUAAUUACUCCAGGGCAAUGGCGCAAUGAAGAAUUAGGAUCACAUAUUGUACGUAUUAGUCAAGUUGGCUCAAACCGAACUGCUUACACUGCAAGUGUUCAACGAGACAUACUGAGAAAAUAUUUUAUGACAAACAUUGGAGCAGUUGACUGGCAAUUUGACUGUGCAUUGAGGGGUUACAACAUUAAUAUCUCUUCAUAGCAAUGCAAUAUGUAUAAACAUGUAUGUGAGUUAGCAAGGAAGUUUAGAAAUAAAAUACUAA